CUGAUCAAUCAGGUGUAGUGCAGGCUAGGUUACUGAGGCGACAGGGUAACUUACAUUGUGAGUUAUUCGUAUGCCUACUUAACUUCCUUUGCGUCAGUUUUGCUCUAACAGGCUAUUUCACCAGACUUAACGAAUAGUGCUGAUGAUUUGUCUGGUGAUUCAGAGAUGGGGUUGACACAAAGUUUCAAUGUGGAAGGGGGAACCGGCGGUUAUCAUGUUCAUGGGAUUCAAGAGAAUUCGCCUGCACAAAUAGCAGGAUUACAACCCUUUUUCGAUUUCAUUUUAUCAAUUGGAAACACUCGUCUGGACAAGGAGAAUGACACACUCAAAGACCUGCUCAAAGCCAAUGUGGAGAAACCAGUCAAACUGGAGGUCUAUAGCUCAAAAGCCUUGAGGAUUCGAGAGCUGGAAGUGGUUCCCAGUAACAUGUGGGGCGGCCAAGGCCUUUUGGGUGCCAGUGUCAGAUUCUGCAGUUACCAAGGAGCCAAUGAGAAUGUCUGGCAUGUCUUGGAUGUAGAACCAAAUUCUCCAGCAGCUCUUGCUGGGUUACAAGCACACCUGGACUACAUAGUGGGAGCAGACCAGGUGCUACAAGAUUCUGAGAACUUCUUUUCCAUGAUUGAGUCCUGCGAGGGGAAGCCCCUGAAGCUCCUCGUGUACAACAGUCAGACGGACGAGUGCAGGGAGGUGGUGGUCACCCCCAAUGGUGCCUGGGGUGGAGAAGGCAGCCUAGGUUGUGGAAUCGGAUAUGGCUACCUACAUCGCAUACCGUCACAGCCAGCUUUACAAGACAUAUAUGAGGGGGAUCUUUCUGACAAAGAUACAAAUAGGGAGGUUGGUUUGGACCAGAUGGAUCAUGACAAAGGAUCUUUGGAGAGUGUGGAGAUCUCAAUCCAGUGUUCCCCAGUACCAACACUACCUCCAUCUACUCUGUCUGAUACAGAUCAAGACACAUCUGAUCUCUCUGGGACCGUGGACACAGAAUUGUCUGAGUGCAGGAAUGCGUCCACAUCAUCUGCCAACAACCACAGCCCAUAUCAGGGGGUAGGAAAUGAGAGUUCUCUUGGUGAGGAAAAUGAGACCCAGACCGUCAUGGAGGCCCUAUUUGUGAAUGAACUUGCCGAAGACGCCUCAGGUUUGGCGCCCCCUAGUGAUGACAAUAUGAAGUGCGCUUUGCCAGAGCUUAUGUUUCAAGCGCGAUCAGAGCAGUUAUCCAUUACAAAUGCACCUCUCCAAAGCAGUCUAUGUUCUGAGGUGUUUGAGGUACCUGCAGAUGAGUAUGUGCGUUAGUAAGGUGUCUUGACAAAUAAGAAAGGACUUAAAGAACAGGGAAAAGAGUGCAGGAAAGAAAAGUGAAUUUGUGGCACCACACACUGACAACUGGUUAAGAGGUAAUGAUCUAAUGUACCAAGUUUGAUCUGAAUUGGGAUUAUCUGAAAAUGUUUUGUCAAGAACACUUACUUGCAGAACAUGAAGAUCAAAAAAUUAAGUAAAAGCUUCUUUGUUGUCGUACAGGUGUUUAAGUAACAUUUACCAUACCUAAUAUAGAUUUAGUGCAAAUAUAAGUGUAUGCUCUCAGUUAUGUUUGAAAUGAAAUCAACUAUUUCAUUAGCCUUGUGCAAAAAAAAAGUUUUGACCUGCUGACUAUUGUUAUUUGAAGUGGUUUAGUGAACGGUGCAUAACAGUAGUUUAUGCCCAUACAAUGUAUAUUGAUGCCACAAAACAGAACGCAAUAUAUAUGCGUAGUGUUGCACAAAGUGCUUAAUUAUUGUAUUUAAAAUUUAAAAUACUUGAAACGUUUUGCCUUUGCUCUAGUUUGAGCCAAACUUGUACAAUGUAAGUUAUAUUACAUUAUGCUGCGCAGUAUUUCUUUGCACAAUAUGUAUGCACAUGGUAUAGUCAUGACAGUGAAGUGUUUAACCUACUGUUUAAUCUACUGUGAAAUGAAUCCAAACUUUCUGAAACUUAAUCAAAUCAUAUAACACUGCAUCUCUACAACUGAAACUGCUGCCCUUCAUAAUGCAUCAUAGUAUACCCACAAACACAAACAUCUUUCCCCCCAGUCAAGAUAUGAGACACAGAGCUGCUGGGUUGUUUUAUGUUCAUUUCCCCUUGGUCCCUCAUAAUGUAAUCAUGGUUGUGGCAAUCUUGUUUUAAAUACGUCAGCAGCACCCAAGCAACUCUUCUAUUGGACCCAGUUGUAGUAUGGCAGUGUUACUUUAUUCAUAAAUGCCAUGAAACUCCCCAGACCUGACAAUUCAUUAUUCAUCCCUGUCUUAUUGUUUUGUGUACAUGUGUACACGGUCACAAAUAUACAAGGACAGGUUUUUACCGAAUACCUGUUUAUAUCUUAAAACAUGUAGCAAGGAAAUGGAACACCGAAACUCAAUUUCCAAUAAAGUUCUCACUCCACGAAGAGUGCGAUGUUGAAUGUA